AUGGGUUGUCACGGUAGCAAGGAAAAAAAAUCAACGGCAGAAUAUAGUGAAAGUGCUGGUUACCACACUGUUGAGCCACCCGCAAGCGCAACAACUAGGCAGGUACACACAGCAGCAGCAGCAGCAGCACCAUCACAGUCACAGUCACAGGCUCCGAUGGCGGCGCCUAAAGCAGAAGGCACCAUUCUGGGAAAACCCUUUGACGACAUAAAGAAGUACUACACUCUGGGGAAGGAAUUGGGAAGGGGCCAAUUCGGGAUAACCUAUCUCUGCACCGAUAAUUCCAGCGGCGCCACCUACGCCUGCAAGUCCAUUCUCAAGCGGAAGCUGGUGUCCAAGGCCGACAGAGAAGACAUGAAGAGGGAGAUUCAGAUCAUGCAGCAUUUGUCCGGCCAACCCAACAUUGUCGAGUUUAAGGGAGCGUAUGAGGAUAGGUUUUCGGUCCACCUUGUUAUGGAACUCUGCGCCGGCGGGGAGCUCUUCGAUCGCAUCAUCGCUCAGGGACACUACUCCGAGAGAGCCGCUGCCUCGCUCUGCAGAGCCAUUGUUAACGUUGUUCACAUUUGUCACUUCAUGGGUGUCAUGCACCGCGAUCUCAAGCCUGAGAACUUCUUGCUCUCUAGUAAGGACCCUGAGGCAACGCUCAAGGCCACUGAUUUUGGACUCUCUGUCUUCAUUGAACAAGGCAAGGUUUACCGUGAUAUGGUUGGCAGUGCUUACUAUGUUGCUCCUGAGGUAUUGCGUCGUAGUUAUGGAAAGGAAAUUGAUAUUUGGAGUGCAGGAAUCAUAUUGUACAUUCUUUUGAGUGGUGUACCACCUUUCUGGGCUGAAACUGAAAAGGGAAUAUUUAACGCCAUAUUGGAAGGUGAAAUUGAUUUUGUAAGUGAACCAUGGCCAUCCAUAUCAAACAGUGCUAAAGAUCUAGUCAGGAAGAUGCUGACACAGGAUCCAAAGAAGCGGAUUACUUCUGCUCAAGUCCUUGAACACCCCUGGAUGAGAGAAGGCGGAGAGGCAUCUGAUAAACCAAUCGACAGUGCAGUUCUAUCCAGAAUGAAGCAAUUCAGGGCAAUGAAUAAGCUCAAGAAGCUGGCAUUGAAGGUUAUUGCUGAAAAUCUAUCAGAAGAGGAGAUUAAAGGUCUCAAAGCAAUGUUUGCAAAUAUGGAUACCGACAAUAGUGGCACCAUCACCUAUGAAGAACUGAAGACUGGCUUGGCUCAAAUCGGAUCAAGACUGUCCGAGGCUGAAGUGAAGCAACUCAUGGAAGCUGCUGAUGUUGAUGGAAAUGGGUCAAUUGACUAUCUUGAAUUCAUCUCAGCUACAAUGCAUAGGCACAGACUUGAACGGGAUGAACAUCUUUUUAAAGCAUUCCAGUAUUUUGACAAGGAUAACAGUGGGUUUAUUACUAGAGAUGAAUUGGAGACUGCUAUGACCCAACAUGGAAUGGGUGAUGAAGCAUCAAUAAAGGAAAUAAUCUCUGAGGUGGAUACAGAUAACGAUGGGAGAAUAAACUAUGAGGAAUUCUGUGCAAUGAUGAGAAGCGGAACGCCACACCAGGGACAGCUAUUUUAAAGUUACUAAUAAUUCAUCAGAAAGCCUUUUGGUUGAGUGACUUGUUAUUUGUUGGGAAAAGCAUUGUCUCCAGCAAUGUGCAACAAGCCACUUCAUGCAUUGACGAUUUCCUUGCAAUCCCAAUUUUCAUACAAGGUUGCUAUUGUGCCUGUUGUGCUAAAAGUGGAUUUGUACUUCUGUAUACAUUUAGUUUACGGCUGUCACAUUUUCCAAGUAUCUUAUGGAAGCCUGAAUUUUUAUUAAGAUACUUUGAUAUCGUAUAGGGUUUUCAUUUUUAUCGUGGCUGAGUAAUGAGUAAUGAGUAAUCAGGGGAGGGAACUAUUUUCCUUAACCUGUACAUGGAAGUACAAACUUGAAUGCUUAGUCCACAUAAUGUUUAGAUAAUCAAAUAUUUUGUGCAAAUGCUA